GUAAAUUUAAUUUAUCUGUUAGGUAAUUUCAAAGAAUUAUGUGAACUCAUGUCAAAGUAUUAUCCGGAAUUUAAAAAUAAAUAUUUUAAUAAGUUGACAAAUCACACUAGUUGGUUAAUCCAAAAUGAUCUGAUUAACAUCUGUGCUGAAAAUGUAAAAAGUACCAUCAUAAAUGAAAUACAAGAAAGUGGAAUGUUUAGUAUUUCUCGUGACGAAGCUAGGUGUCACAAACAAGAACAACUAUCAAUUUGUAUUCGGUAUCCAAAACAAUUAGAUGUACAAGAAAGAUUUUUGUGCUUUGUCGACGUUUCAAAAAGUCAAAAUGCUGAUGCAUUAGUUUCUGUGUUACUUAAAUUUAUCAACUCAUCAAAUUUAGAUAAAAUACCAAUGAUAGGUCAAUCAUAUGAUGGGGCAAAUGUGAUGUCUGGGUCUAAUAGAGGUGUGCAAAUGAAGCUAAGAGAAGCUCACCCUCAAGCUAAGAAUGCUAUCUAUGUGCACUGCAUGGCACAUAGAUUGAAUUUGGUAGUAGUUGACAUGUGUAAACAUUUAAAGGAUGCAAGGAACUUGUUUAAUGGGUUAGAAGCUCUUUAUGUUUAUUUUUCACGACCCUCUUCAAAUUUUAAACUUUGUGAAAUGCAAAAAGAGCUAGGUUUAACUAAAAUUACACUUUCCCAAUUGAGUGACACUCGAUGGGUCUGUAGAUUUAAGAGUUGUGAUGCUCUUAUUAACAACUAUGAUGCUGUUGUCAAUGUUUUAACUAAUGAAAUUGAUGCACAGGAGAGUAAAGAUGUCGCUCAAGCAAUUGGUGUUUUGGCAACUAUAAAAAAUUUUAAAUUUAUUAUAUAUUUGUUUAUUCUUCAUGAUGUUCUGAAAAAAAAUCGUAGUCCAGAAUACUUUUUAGAGUUAUGGGAAAAAAUUGUUAAUUUUGCAGAGAAUAAUGAUAUAUCUAUCUGUGCGAUAGGGCUGCACAAGAAGCCGGUGAAAACGUGUGAUUAUAAUUACGUCUUAAAAUCGAUAACCCUGUGGGAGGGGGAAAGUGGACUGUAUUUAAAAACAUAUGAAAUAGGAGCUGAUAGAUAAAUAAUGCUAAAGUAAUGAUGUUGCGAGGUACCCAAAAUACAAUACAAUUAAACCGAUCGUUUACAAUAGACAAAUAUGAUAAUUUAUUAUAAUAUUCUGCAAUCGAGAAUUCUUACGUACUAAUGUUAGUGGUGCGCGAUCACAAGCCGAUCGGCAAAAUCAAUAUAAUAAUAUGUACGUCGAGUACGACGAAUAAAUCAAAUAAAAAUAAUAAUACAAACACGUCGAAGACGUAUGACGAUAAAUGAUAACAAAACAAAUAGUGAGCGUGUGUACGACCUGAUAACGCUGAUGGUUGAUAGCAGGUGAUAAAACAGUGAUGGAGCUGUUGUCCCAAACGACGAUGAUACUGUUGGUCACGUCGGUGAAGUGUGCGACAAUGGCACUUCCGUCGAAAACGGCGAAUUGGUCGACGAAGGCGUGGAGACGUCGGAACGCAUAUUCAAAUAAGCCGGCGCGGGCAAAAACUACGUUCGGCACCCGUUGUCGCGGCGUGACAACGCGGUACAAAACGACAAAGCUAUAACACGUCGUGGCUGACACGUUCGUACGAUGUAGGGCGGACGGACGGAAAAGCACGUGGACGCGUGAGGCGGAUUUCGCAGUGCGAAUGUCGUACUGGUGACGACGAAAUACAAAAAAAACACAAUUAAGCGGCAACGACCGCGAGGCGGGUUCACUCGUCGUCGAACGGACGGGCGAAAAAACAAACAAACGAAAUAUGUGGGUGACCACGACUUGAGGUCGCACAGCGAAUAAUCGGACGGGCGACGGAUACGAAAACAAUAAGUCGUGGUGUCGGCACGGACGGCCGGAACUAGAAUCGCGUAAACGCUCGUACGCGACAAGUUCGUGAGCAGCGAGGCUCGGGUGCACGGAACAAAAAAUGGCGGUAUUAACGGCGACGGCACACCGGGUCGCGUUGGUCAGAAACACGAGGUUUUAACCCAAAGAUGCCAAGACGGCGGAGACGCGACACUUGUGUCCUAGACGGAUCAGAAACGACGACCAAAAGCGAUAGCGACGGGUGGCUACGGCUAGACCGCGAUGGUCGAGUCCCCUCCCCGGGGGUACAAAGUUCGCUCGCACAGUUUUUGGCGGCGGAGCAGCAGGGCGACAACGUAGCGACAUAGACGAUGUCGCAUACGACCGCCAAAUUCAAAAACAAAACUAGAUUGUAUACCCAAUAUUUCCUCCCCGGGUUGAAAGAUCCAGGGUCUUUCAAAAAACAAUCAUCAGAGUUGAAUAUUGAAGUUGAAGCUCAGAUCGUACACAUUACAAAGUUGCGGAGAAAAUAAAUAAAUAAAUAAAAUAUCAUAACAAAUAAUACAAAUAAAAUAAAUCAUUACGGGUACCUAACACGCAUCAACCGACAAAUAAUUAACAGGGAUUACAUAAAUGAAAAUAGUGACUGAUGCACGAGAAAAUAAUAGCAUAAUUAGAAUAUGUACAUGACGAGGACGUAAGGACGAAGGUCAGGGUUCGAUCGGUAGACGUACAAGUUUCACGACUGGACGCUUGUAAACACCGUCUUGGGUGCGCACGGACACAACGCCCACGACAUCGUCGGAGCCGGGGUGGACCUCUGUGAUGCGACCGAGACGCCACUCGGUUGGUGGUCGAAACGGAGCUUCAACGAUGACCAU